GUACCAUCUCUACAUAUUCGGGAAUCGCCAUGAAUUUCGGCGGCUGAUGUAUAAUGCGGAGUGAUACAGUGACGAUCGAGAACUCGAGUGUUACAGAAAUGGCGGAAGAAGAAAAGGAGAGGAAGAAGAGGAAGGAGAAGCCGCCGGAGGACGACUGCUGCCCCAUUUGCUUCGAGGACUUCUCCGUUGCUUGUAUGACUAAUUGCGGCCACUGGUUUUGCGGAAAUUGCAUUUUGCAGCUGUGGAGGUAUAGAGGAGCACUUAGAGCUUGCAAGUGUCCCAUCUGCACUUGCUCCAUCACCCAGCUUGCACCGGAGGCCUCACUCCUUUUUCAACAGGAAAAGGACAUUGUUGACCUCCUUAAGGGCAUCCACUGCUACAAUCGCCUCUAUGUAGGUGGAAUGCGUGGGAUUGUGUUGAAAACACCUUUGUUGCUUAGGAGUGUCCUAUGGACACUGAUGGAUAUAUUACUGGAUCCUCAUCAAUUAAGGUUAAACUAUAACAUGAUGCGUGUCGUGGCUCUAUUGGUUGGUUGGAUCUAUAGCAAAUGCCACUUCGACUUCAUCCCAACAGGUGAUUUUUAAGUCUUGACUUGAUGAUAAUAUGAAGUUAAUAUGGCAUCUGUGUAUAUGACAGAAGAGGGUUUAUGUUUGGCAGGGAGACUGGGAAUAUAUGCGGUGUUAGAUACAUGUGCUGUGAUUCUGGUCAUUGUUUUGUUUUACAUUGGCUUAUACCGGAAAUGGAUUAGAGGGCGACGCAUCGGGUUUGCUGUGGAACAACAAGCUAUUAGAAUUUGACCCAAAAUGUCCUUACUGCUGCUGCUGCUUUGCUGUGGAACAACAAGCUAUUAGAAUUUGACACAAAAUGUUCUUACUGCUGCUGCUGCUGAAGUUUAUUGCAUAUAUGAAAUGCUAGUCUUGUUAAUACGUACAGAGUAUUAAUUAUUAAUCCACCCGCCUAAGUAUGACAACUCUUGACCAGUACACAAUUAAAGUUUUAAAUAUGGAAUGCUUGUGACUGGCUAUCUAACAAGUAGUCUUGUUAAUAUGUAUUACUUCCUCGCUAAGCAUGUGAAAGAGCCCAUGUGAGUCAUCUUAGCUGAAAUAUUGAUACUUAUCAAGAGAACUUGAGCACUUAUUUACAUACGUAUAUACAACAAUGAAGAGACAACAGACAAUAAUGAGGUUGGUUUUAAUGAGAAUCCC